UUCACUUUUUUAAGUUUUAUUUGGAUGGGAACUAUGGCCUAUCAUGCUGGUUUGUCAUGUCGGCCGCAACUGAGACUCAUAACAUUCGGUAUCAUAUGCUCGUCUCAGGUUGGUGUCUCGAGGCGACAGGCUUUGGAGCAACUGGAUAAGAAGCUGGCCGAGGACGACGACAGGGCAGCACUCUCACUUGCUAAGGAUUUGCAAGGCAAGCCUGGGGGGCUUCGAUGCUUUGGGGGUGCUAGACAGGUGCCCCAAACACUUUAUUCCUUGGAUGAAUUGAGGCUGAAUGGAAUCGAAGCAUCGUCUCUUUUAUCACCGGUGGAUGCAACAUUUGGUUCAAUAGAAAGAAACCUGCAACUUGCUGCUGCUCUGGGAGGGCUUGCUGCCUGGAAUGUGCUUGGCUUUGGCCCACAACAAGUUCUAUAUUUUUCUCUGGGGCUACUGUUUCUAUGGACACUGGAUUCAGUCUCUUUUGAUGGAGGUGUUGGUAGCUUGGUUCUUGAUACAAUUGGGCACACAUUUAGUCAGAAGUACCACAAUAGGGUUGUUCAACAUGAAGCUGGCCAUUUCUUAAUCGCUUACUUAGUGGGCAUUCUUCCCAAAGGAUACACACUAACUAGUUUGGAAGCUCUGAAGAAGGAAGGAUCUCUAAAUGUUCAAGCUGGGACCACCUUUGUGGAUUUUGAAUUUGUUGAAGAAGUUUCAUUUCAUGUUCCUUCACAACUAAAGGCACCUGAUGAUGCCAUGGCUCUGCUGCUUUUAUCCAGACUCGACCUGCUGCUUUUAUCCAGAACCAAUUGCUAUGAUGCCAUGGCUCUGCUUUUGGGUCUUGUCACAAGUCAACUUGAGGGAGUUAUUGUCUAUUGUCUUUGUUGUCACAGGUUAAACCUGUGGCAAUUGUCAGCAGGUCGAUGGAAUUCAAAAGGUUUCAUUGGAGGGGGUUCGGUUAGUUCUAAUGGGCAAGCUGAAUGCUGCUAUAUACAAACUUAUAACUUGAUAGGCGCUAUAUUUUUAAAAAAUAUAAAAAAAAGAAAUCUUUAUUACCAAUAUAAACAGUGUUUUUCCUUCUUGUUACUGAAUGUUACCUCCCCUUCCAUGUCAUGCAGGUUAAUGCAGGAAAAGUAUCUAGCUACGACACUGAACAGAUUCUCAUGUAUAGCACUGGCGGGUGUGGCGGCUGAGUAUCUUUUAUAUGGAAUUGUUGAGGGAGGCCUUGAUGACAUUAACAAGUUGGACAUGCUACUCAAAAGCUUGGCCUUCACACAGAAGAAAGCGGAUUCCCAAGUCAGAUGGUCUGUACUGAAUACAGUCCUACUUUUGCGGCGCCAUGAAUUAGCACGAGCUAAGCUUGCAGAGGCCAUGUCCAUGGGAAAGUCUGUAGGAACUUGCAUUGGCAUUAUAGAGGAGACCAUAGACGAUUCCGACAUCCAGCUUCAACUGGGUUGAAGUGGAGGCUGAGGAAUUCAAGCUCCAUUAACACUUUUUUCCUUCUAAUUUGGUAGUGAAUUUGAAAAGGGUAGAACACGAAUUUCUUUGAAAUUUUUUAUGUUGUGAAUUUGAAAAGGGUAGAACAUGAAGGGAUAAAUAUACAUUUUAUAUCUUAAAAAAGGCA